CAUAGCUAGCGUGGUAGCGCCUCACUUACAAGCAAGAGGACGCCGAAAGCUAGCUACCCCAUAUGGGGCGUAUAUAUAGCUGCUUCUCGUAGCAAGUGAAGCAACCGAGAGCGAGAGAGAGAUCAGAUCUUCAGCUAUCUCUGCAUAUACAUUUCGAUCGACAUGGUGGACGUUGGGGCAGCGAGGAGGGUCAUGCUGUUCCGCAUUCCUCGGCGCCGGAGGACCGAGACGGCGGCGGCCGCGAGCGGCGGACGUAGGAAGAGGAUGGCGGUGGCGAGGCUGGGCGGCGAGGGAAGCGGCGGUGGUGGGGGAGGAGGAGGAGGAACGCAGAGGCGGAGGUUUUUGGGCGCGCUGCGGCGGGUGCGAGUGCGGUGGCUGGCUGCGCUGUACCGGCGGACGCUGCGGCGACUGCGUGCGAGCUAUGCCAAGGCCCUCCGCGAGCUCAUCGAGGGCAGGGCGCUCCUGGGAGCCCUCAACGCGCCCGCCGGCGUCGAGUGCUCCCGCGCUGUAUCGUUCGGCCCGGUCGCCACUGUCGGGUUCUGAUAUAUAGGUGUCUCUCCUCCGUGUGGUUGAACUUGUACUACAUACCAAUGUGUGCUGCGUGCGCGCGUCAACUAAAAUAAGCCCCUUUGUGGUUUUGUUGAUCCAUGUAAGGAAUGUCUUGCUUUUAUUGAUUGAUGAUCUGA